AUGAGCAGCUACACAAACAGAGCACAGCAGUCCUGUUUUCCUCCUAGGCCUCCUCCCCCGGCGACGGAUCGGAUCGCUCUUGGUACGGCCCGGCCUCCCCCUCGCUGCCCUGGUGGUGCUUUCCGUGACGUCCGCCCGGAGUGGAGCAGCCCGGCUGCGGGGGUUCGGCUUGCAAAGGGUGUGCUCCUGAGGUGUGCUUCCUUUUCUCUGAUACCAAAGUGUACAUUGAACAUUAGACAGCUGGUUCUUGCAGCUGGGCAUCAGGUAUCCAUCCACCAAACCAUGGAAUCCACAGCAGCAGGGACAGCAAGCUCACUUCCCAGUACUGUGGAGGAUAGGAAGGAAGAACUUCAAGAGCGCCCAGCUGACCAGCUUCAGAGUCCAGAUGCUUCUGUGUCUUUCUCUGAGAUCUUCCGCCUGGUCCAGGCUGGGCAGGACAUUCCUGGGCUGCAGAAGCUAAAUAUCACCCCAACAAAUGGGAGUCCUACACCAUCUCAAAUGGCCCCAAGACCCAAACCUUGGGAGAACAACCCAUCGUGACUAGAAAGCCCUGUCGUCUUACUUCCACACCAGAAUGAAGCAAUACUUACCAAGCUUGAUGGAUUUGCGGACUUAAAAGAGCUGUCUGUGUGUGUGUGUACAACACCUUUUUGGGGUUUUAAACUCUGCCAGUUUGCAUGGUCAUAGAUCUUGAGGACAAGAGGCUACUAGUGCAUUGAAUUAGUUCUGCACCUUACAAUUAAAUAUGUCCUUUACUAAA